AUGAUGGACUUUUAUAUAUCAAUUUGAAAACUAAUUCGACCGUUGAAACCCUAAUUGUAGAUCGUUUUCUCUCUGCUCCCACACAGGAGCUUUUCCAUUGAAGAGAAAGCCAAAACUUCUUUUCAAAACAGUAAAACCCGGAAAUUUUCCUUCCAAAAUGGUAAGCCAAGAACCAAAAGAAUCCCCAAUCGAUCAAAACCCAGACGAAAAUGCCCAAAAUUUGGACCCAGUGUUCAGUCCAAGAUUCAAAUCCUUGGUUGCCAUGGCUGGUUGGGACGAAGAGUCCAUUCUCGUCGCUAGCCUUAUCGUUGAAGACACGCCCGAUCGACAGAUUAAGCAGAGGAAACGCUCUGAUACCCAGUUCAAGACUCCCCCUUCCAACACUUCAAGAAGAAAACGUAGGGUUCAAAGGAAGAGCCCGGUUUCGAUUUCAAUUCCUGUUAUUAAUCUUGACGAAGAAAACGAACCUGAAAAGCCAGAGAUUCAGGAAAUUAAGGUAGAAACCAAGAAAAAUGUAGUGAAAGAAGAUGAUAAGUCAAAGAAAGAGAAUUCCGAGGUUUCGUGUUCGAAUUCGAGUCUUCCUUGUAUGGAUAAGCUUAAAGAAGAGUUGUCUUGUGCAAUUUGUUUAGAGAUUUGCUUUGAACCUAGCACCACUUCUUGCGGACACAGUUUCUGUAAGAAAUGCUUAAGAUCUGCUGCUGAUAAGUGUGGGAAGAAAUGUCCGAAAUGCAGACAAUUAAUAAGCAAUGGAAGAUCUUGCACUGUGAAUACAGUUCUUUGGAACACAAUACAGCUUCUUUUUCCACAAGAAGUUGAGGCAAGGAAGGCGGCCGCGGUUGCAGAGCGCAAAACUCCACCAACAAGAACUAAUACUGAUGUAAGAAACCGCAAUGUUCGCCCUUAUAUGGUUUCAGGAUCAAGCGGAAAUGAGUCUGCAAGAAGAAGCGGUCUACGUAGCCAAGACCAUGAUUCUGCAUUAGCUCAAAGGUCGCAAAGAGAAGAUCUUUCGCGGCUAUUGAGUAGUUAUGCAAAUGGUAUAAGCAGAAGGGCAGAACAAAACCGAGAUGAUGGUGCUGAAUUUGGUAGAAUUGUGCAAAGAGACGAUGUUUCGCGGGUAAUAAGAAGAGAUGCAACUGCGAGGAGGAGGAGAGGAACUCCAAGCCAAGAUGAGGAUGCUGCAUUAGCUCUAAGGCUUCAGAGGGACGAGUUCAUGGACGCUUUUAGAGGAGGAACACAUCAGCAUUCAGGAAGCUCUGUCUCCUCAGCUAGAGAAAAUUUCAGAGCAAUGGCAGCCAGAGCCGUUAGUGCGCGAAUGACAAACCUGAGAAACCAUGCUACAUAGUUUCGUUUCAAUCUAUAAAUUUCUGCUGAUGCUCAUGAUCUUGAUAAGUAUUUGUACCAAUCUUUGAUACAAAAGUAUGCACCAAGAAUAUUUUUGGGUCAUAAACUGAAGAAGCAACUAUAUGUUUAGCAAAUUUUAUAACACCAGAAAUUUUAUAA